GCAAGACCUGCGAAUGAGUAAAAGUGAGUGACUGGAGAAAAAGAAAUGACCAAAUGGAUACUGAUUUACCAAUUUGACGACUCACCGCCUGAACCUUCGGUCGUUUCGACGCAUAUUUUUUGUCAUUUCUUCACUUUUGUUUUUAUGACAAAUUUCUGUUGAAAAAGAAGAAAAGAAGUGGUUUUAACGGCGCGGCAGCCUGAGGGAAAGGACUGAACAUGCGCGCGCAUGAGCCCGCGCGUGCCAGCUGCGGGAUCUUACCGCGAGUUACCUGAGAGGGGGGAAAAGGGCGGGAAGCGCGCGCUGGAUUGGAAUAAUAAUUAUAUUUAAAAAAAUCUAACGGUCGGCGCGCGUGCCGCACACGCAGCCUCGGACCAGAAAACAUGGGGUGAGGAGAAGGAGAAAGAGGAAUGAAGCUCUGUAAGUAAAAAACACGGAAAAUAUCAUAUUAUUCUUUCAUAUAGUAUAUUUUAUAUUACUUUUUCCUUUCCUAAGUAUCCAUCUUAAUAGGAUACAAUACAAAAUACAUAUGUAUAUAAAUCUUCGUUUUGUUUUUACGUCAGUGUAGAACGACUUGUUUUUACACUUUCUUCUUCUUCAUAUGAAUUUGCAUCCGGUUUCAAGAUAAUAAAUCAUAAGAUAAAGUUUUUUUUAUAUAUUUAAGCCUCAAAGACUAUUCAGAUACACAUUCUUGUUCUUGUUUAUGGCCUCCUCCAGAAGCUCAGUGUGUGGGAGUUUGUGCUCAGUCCAGCAAAAUGGUGGACUGACUUUUUACCGAUCUCUAAGUCAGUAUCUGAGCAUUUCCUUUCUCUCCUCACUUCUUCUUUAAUGGAUUUAAGUGCUGAAGAGGGCAAAGAAAGCCCUUUAGUUUUUUGUAUUAACCCCAUGCAUACUUUUCUUAGGGCAUUUUUCAGUACAAGCAGCUGCAUGAUGCACAUCUGAGAUGUAAAAACUGUUAAUAACUCUUCGCAGCUACACUGAUGAAGAUUUCUCCCAUUGCUAUUGCUCCAGUAUUGGUCUUCAGUAUGCCUUAGGGCAUCAACAUGGACGAUGACCCGGACUGUAACUGUAGUCACUUUAGUUGAACAGUCAUAGUUACAGUUUUUCAUUGAUUAUCCAAUAUUUGUUCGAACCCCCCCACUUGACUUAUUCAGUGGGGGGGGUUGAAAAUCACACUUUUCAGGACUGAUUUUGCCGCUGCCCCCAAGGCCUGGGCCAUGGAGUCAAACCCAGACAGCCCUAGCCGGGCUGUGGAGUACCUCCUGGAGCUCAAUAAUAUCAUUGAGAACCAGGCGAAGCUGCUGGAGACGCAACGGCGGCGCAUUGAAGAACUUGAGACACAGCUUGACCGGGUAAACCAGGAGAACAAGGACCUCCGUUUGGACAAGAAACCGGGAGCUGACAGCUCCACACAAAACCACAAUCAUGAACAGAACUCCAAGUCCAGUGGACCAUCGUCUUUGACAAACCACAAUGCCAACAGUGUCCACCAAAACAGCAACAGUAACGUACCUUCAUCUACAGUUCCUGGCCCCGCUCGGAGGACCCACACGAGGCUGAGCCGAGGCCUUUCAUGUGGUUCGGCUCCUGUGGAGAAGGAGAGGGGGAGGCUGGAGAGGAACGACAGCAUUGGAACCAACAGCACAUCUACUUUACAAAGGCAUGUUGAUGAUGAGACUCGGGCUUCAGAGUCCAACCCCUUCUCAGACACCAAUAAAGCUCCUUACCAGCAACGCUCUGACUGCUACCGGGAAGGAAGCUGUGGCCCCUCAGGCCCCCGUGGGCCGGUUGUGGGACCCCCAAGCCCAGCGUGCCUCACCUGGGCUCAGCGCACCCGUAACCAGCCAGCUAGUCUGGCCUUACGCAAACAGGAGGAGGAGGAGAACAAGAGGUGCAAAGCUCUGUCUGACAGCUAUGAGCUCUCAACUGAUCUCCAGGACAAGAAGGUGGAGAUGCUGGAGAGGAAAUACGGUGGCUACUUUCUAAGCAGACGAGCAGCACGUACCAUCCAGACUGCCUUCCGUCAGUACCGUAUGAACAAGAACUUUGAGCGCCUGCGCAGCUCAGCUUCGGAGAGCCGCAUGACGCGGCGUAUCAUCCUGUCCAACAUGCGUAUGCAGUAUUCAUUUGACGACCGCCAGCCUCAGGCACAGCCUCAGACCUGCCACAGUCCCGGCAUUGGCCCUCCGCAUUCACCUGACCUGGAGCCAGAUUCACCUGCCCAAACAGAAUAUACCCAUUUAGAGGACUCCUUCUCUAAACAGGUAAAGUCCCUGGCGGAUUCCAUUGAUGAUGCUCUAGCAUGCCGUCCAGGAAGAGAAGACUCCCAGGACGGCCUCGGGGAUAGUGCUGCUGUAGAUGACUUUGGUGAAUGCAUCUGGAGCAGCAACAGCCACCCAUCUCUCCGGCGGGGACUGGGUGAGCGGGAGCGAGGCAGCACAGGAGGUGGUCUGAGCAUGCACGAGGAUAGCACGGCUACAUCAUACAGUGAUGUCACACUCUACAUGGAUGAUGGUUUGCCCUCAUCACCUCUCUCUCUGGACCGGGCACCAAGCAGUACAGACACUGAAUUUUGGGGGGGUAUGACCGGUGGGGUUGGUGGACGAGAAGACAGUAGGGACACAGAGGGAGGGGGCAGCAGUAACAGCCGGCGCAGCACACCAUGUACAGAAUGCAGAGAUUACCGCCUUCGAGGGGCACAUUUGCCUCUCCUAACAAUCGAGCCACCCAGCGACAGCUCUGUGGACAUGAGCGACCGCUCAGACCGUGGUUCCCUCGGGCGUCAGCUGGUGUAUGAACAGGACUCAAGUGGGGGUUCCCCUCAGGGCACGUUAAAGCACAAUCCCAAUGCCAAAGCACAAGGCCAAGCACGUCCAGCUAGCCGCCCAAUAGCAACACAGAUCCCGCACCACGUGACUCACCACCACCACCACCAUCACCACCACCAUCAUCACCAGUAUCCUGACACUCCAUCAUCUUCUUCAUCCCCACAGCAGCCCCCCACUACACCGCUCUCGUCCUCCUCUUCCCCACAGCUGCCCUCUGGGGGCUUGGAUCAGCAGUGUUGCUCAGAUGGCGAUAAUGACUCACUAAACUCCACCACAAACUCCAACGAGACCAUUAAUUGCAGCUCGGGCUCAUCGUCCAGGGACAGCCUGCGGGAACCACUGCCACCUCUAGGCAAGCAGACGUACCAGAGGGAGAGCCGGCACAGCUGGGACUCUCCUGCUUUCAACAAUGAUGUGGCACAGAGAAGGCAGUAUCGCAUCGGGCUGAACCUGUUUAACAAGAAACCAGAGAAGGGCAUCCAAUACCUGAUAGAGCGUGGCUUUGUGUCAGACACCCCCGUUGGCAUUGCUCGCUUUAUCCUAGAACGAAAGGGUCUAAGCCGACAGAUGAUCGGGGAGUUCCUGGGCAACCGACAGAAGCAGUUCAACAAGGAUGUACUAGAUUGUGUGGUUGAUGAGAUGGACUUCUCCGGAAUGGACCUAGAUGACGCUCUAAGGAAGUUUCAAGCCCAGAUCAAGGUGCAAGGAGAGGCCCAAAAAGUGGAACGCCUCAUUGAGGCUUUUAGUCAGCGCUACUGUGUGUGUAACCCUGCAUUGGUGCGCCAGUUCCAGAACCCUGAUACUAUCUUCAUUCUGGCUUUUGCCAUAAUCCUCCUUAAUACAGACAUGUACAGCCCAAGCGUCAAACCAGACAGGAAGAUGAAGUUAGAUGAUUUCAUUAAGAACCUGCGAGGAGUCGAUAAUGGACAAGAUAUACCACGUGACCUGCUGGUGGGGAUCUACCAGCGCAUUCAGAAGUGGGAACUGAGGACCAAUGAUGACCAUGUCUCCCAAGUCCAGGCUGUGGAGAGAGUCAUUGUGGGCAAGAAACCGGUCCUGUCCCUGUCCCACCGCAGGCUGGUGUGCUGCUGCCAACUUUACGAGGUCCCUGACCCCAACCGACCACAGCGCACUGGUGUACAUCAGAGAGAGGUGUUCCUCUUCAACGACCUGUUGGUGGUAACGAAGAUCUUCCAGAAGAAGAAAACAUCGGUGACGUACAGUUUUCGGCAGUCAUUCCCACUGGUGGAGAUGCAAGUUCACAUGUUCCAAAACUCCUACUACCCUCACGGCGUCAGGCUGACGUCAGCGAUCCCAGGUGGUGAACGCAAGGUGCUAAUCGUGUUCAAUGCGCCCAGUCAGCCGGACCGCACACGCUUCAUCAGUGACCUGAGAGAGAGCAUUGCCGAGGUGCAGGAGAUGGAGAAGUACAGGGUUGAAUCGGAGCUUGAGAAGCAAAAAGGUGUGAUGCGGCCCAGCCUUCUUAACAGCAGUGUGGUGGGUGGAGGUGUGGGCGGAGUCAAAAAUGAAGUAGUGAAUGGCAGCAUUGGAAGAUCAAGUUUAGACGAUAAUUAUUCACCCAGUGAAGGCCUGAAACGCACUGCUCUCAGCUCCUCACUUAGGGACCUGUCCGAUUCAGGGAAACGCGGUCGCAGAAACAGCGUUGGUUCCCUUGACAGUACAAUGGAAGGUUCCAUCAUUAGCAGUCCACAGCCUCACCAGCGUUACCCAGUAGCCACUGUGCUAUCGAGCUGCUACGGAACCGAAGAUUACCGGCCUCACCGCCCCAUCCUGAGCCCCGGAGUGGGGGUGGGGGGUGGGCCGGGGCAGCAACACACCACGGCGCCCGUGCCUCCUGGCACUGCACCUCCAGCCUCCAGCAGCAGCAGCGAGAAAGGUGCCACCAGUGGAACAACGACCAGCGCCACAUCCUUCCUGGGAUCACUGUUUGGGACGAAACGGGCCAAAGCACCAGGCCCCAUUAUCCCGCCGGGGCCACCCUACCCCGCCCCUAUGGUGCCAGCACUACCACCGCCUCUUUCCCCUCUGCCCCUGUGCCCUCAAGAGUCCACUGGUAUGCCCAAGAUCCAGUACUGCCACACUAUGGGUGCGGGCAUGGCUGGGCACCCCCCGCCACCAUACUGCCACCCGCACCAACGCUGCCAACACGGUGGUCCACAACGCCAGCAUGCCACACUACAGCGGGUCACGCUACCACGCCGACCAACCCACAACUCCUCCCCCUAUCUGCCACCGCUCUCCCAACAUGCUUUUCAGGCUCGCUUCGGGAAUUCGGGCAAUGGGGGCACGACGUGCGUGCCUCCUCCCCCCCUUUCUCCUCACUCCCCACUAUCCCAACACCUGCCGUUUGCCUUCUGCCACGCACAGCUCACACACUCGGGCAGAGGGGGCGCCGUUGUGGGCAAAACACCACUAGCUCUGUCACACUCACAACCACACCCGCACCAGCACGCACCCUCCCACGGGCAUACGCCCCUCCCUGCCCAUCCGCCACGCUUCGUGUUCGCCAGCCCACCGCCUCCCUUCCCAGCGCCCACUCCGCCGCCCCUGCCAGCAUCCGCUCCACCCGCUGCGCCCCAACACGUGUCGCCGGCCGCCCCGUAUCCGCCCCCGUAUCCUCCGCUUUCCUCUAUCCCACCUCCCUCCACUCCCUUUACCCCCUUCCUCCCCUUACCCUCUUACGCCUCUCUCCCCUCUCCCCCCCCCAUCGCACCCCGCCCCGCCACCGCCACAGGUCACGGCACCAUCGCCAGGUCAGACUGGCACGGCCGACCGGGCCAAAUCCAAGCCUGCCAGCCGGAUCAGCACGGUAGUAUGAGCAGGGGCAAGGGAAAGGUGCGCUCCUGGGGAUCACUACGAGGUCCCCUGGUGGUGGGAGGAGGAACGGCAGAGAGAUUAGAAGACAUGGGAGGUGGAACUCGGACCAGGACUGAAGGCAGCAAGAGGAAACGCAACCUACUGAGACUCUGUUACUUUCAUUUGCGCUUCCCACAAGUAUAGAGCGAGACAGGAUUUGGGAGACAAUGUGCAUAUAUGCAAUAUGCACAGUUUGAAAUGCAUUUCACAUGUAACACAGGGUAAUUUAUUGAUUACAGUAGAAGAAAAUCCAAUCUCAGAAAUAAUGAAAAAAAGCACAACUGACUUUAACUGAAAGUGCGUAAAUUACUGACAAGCAAUGAAUUUCUUUGUUUUCUUAUUUUCUUUUAAUUAUACAGUGAAUUAUAUACAGUGGAAAUAAAAUAUAACCAGGUAUCAAACACAUGAGUAUGUACGCACAUAGCUGUGCUCAAGCCCUGACUAUCUAAUUAUGCACAGGGGGUGAAUAAACUGCCUAUAGCCAUAAAAGAAUGUAAUCUCAGAGUCAGUACAUGAAGAAACAUGAAGAGCUUGUCUCAGGCUGUAUAUUAAUAUCAGAAUGGAAGUAGACCCUGUAGAUCAGGGACCCCUACAAUGAACGAGACUUUAUCCUCUACUGGACAUACAGUGUACAUCCAUUCACAAUAACAUAAGAGGUGAAAUGUGUUUUAAGCUCUAUCUUACUACAGACAUGAACUAUACGCAACAAUCAGUUAUGCUAAUUAUUAAUUAUUCGAUGUUCAUCUAUAGUGAUUCCUGCUCUUUUGCUGUAUAAAUACUGCCUCAAAUGAGAGGUAUAUUUGAAGAUCACACAAGAAACCUGACUUAUUCACAGUUUUCAAUAUUGCAGGUCAGAUUUAAAGUCAUCGAUUUAUUUAUAGGUUCUGACCUUAACAAAUUGUCAAUUGUAUGAGUUGGAGAAGGGAUUAUUUUGGCCCUUGUGCUAAAUUUUGCACCUCAUUUUAGAAAGUAUUAACAUCCUGCUAUGAAAUAAGUAUCCUAAAGGGCUUGAUUUUCACAAAUGUUUGAUGACCAUACAAAUGCUUGAAAAUACAAGUAUAAUGAUUGAACUUUUCACUGCCAAAGUUUGUGUUCUUGCUCAAAAAUUUGCAGUCAGUUGCCAAUAAUAAUAAUAAUAUUGAUAAUACAGAAACUGUUGCUGGAUGGUUAGAUAUCUAGGCAGAUUUCUAGAGCUGGUACUGUCUUGUGUGCCUCAUAAGAGCUCAUAACAAAUAAUAAACUGCCACUCGCAUUUAGUAAGCAUAAACGAGAUGCAUGAAGUUCACUAUGCCGAGACCUGUAACGGACAAUUGUCUGUACGAUGUAAUUGUAUUAUUAGUAAUAAUAUUGACCUGAUGAAAUGGAUAUUCCAUGGCGAGCAAAUCAAACAUCGUUCUGCGAAAAGAUCUGAAAAAACAAUUCAUUUUUGCCAGAAUGUUUUGUGAGCUUCUUGGUUUACUGCCACAAUACCAUAUGUGGAAAUAAACGGCUGACUGAAUUAAUCCAGUUUAGGAACCUGUGUAGAGUAGUCGCGGUCUUUGGAAAGAAACGUUCCAGGAGGCACUGCAGCUGCUCUCGCUGUUCCUCUUCCUUUUGGUCUUUUGCCUAACUAAAAUGCCUGUAUGUCAUAGUGCCAAUCAAAUGCGUUCCACGGAGUUGUAUUGAUGCUUUUAUCAUUUUGCUGAUUGUUUUGCUUUGUUUAUUAUGGAUAUUAUUGGUUUCACUGAUUAUUAUGAAUAUUACUAUUAUCAUUACUGGUAUUUAUGUUAUGGAAAUCAUACAUCUACUAUAAAUACCACAAAGUAUUAUAUAUAUAUAUAUAUAUAUAUAUAUAUAUAUAUAUAUAUAUAUAUAUAUAUAUAUAUAUAUCCAUAAUGUACAUAAAUCCACUCAUAGUUAACCUGAGAGUGUGCUUAGAUUGGUGAUUGGUGGAUUUUAUGGACAAUAACACUUGCCUUUACAAGUGUUUACUGAAUGUUGCAGACUUUGUUCUGGUAUUUAUUCACCCUUUUUCCCCCACAAAUGUCUUGUUAAUUGAACAUUUGUUUUAUUUUAGGUUUGUGCAAUAUAGAAUUUGUGUCAAAAAGAUUUUUUUUUUUUUUGUUUAGGUUUUUUUUAGUUUUUUUAAUGAAGACUUCACUUAUGUUUUCUUUUUAAGUGGAAAUAGAAAUGAUUCUGCAUUAAUUUUAUUGCCAAAUGUAAUUAAGUUAUUAGGUUUUAAGUUUUGAUGUGUAUGUACACGGCGCAUAUGAGGCGCUACAUUGAAGCAGGUCAAUAAGAAAACACAAACAUAUAUACAGAUGGAUCCAGUUCAUUGGCUUUACCAUUUUUCUCUCUCUGCAUAUCCGAUCCUUUUGCAUGACUGCAGUACUUACUGAAUGAAGAGUGUUCUAUAAACAGAUUUGUAUAUAGUAUAGCAAAUUAUAAUAUGAUAUAAUGUUGUUUAUGGAACAGAAAAAACUAGUAUUCGGGUUUGAUUGUGUGCGUGCGUGCGUGCGUGCGUGUGUGUGUGUGUGUGUGAGAGUGAAUGUGUCGCCUGUAUGAGAGUAUAUCAUUCAGUGUAGGUGAAUAUUGCAUAUUUAUUUUGUAAGCCUAACUAACGUAGGCCUAUAUGUCACUACCAAGCUGAAUGUUCUUUUAGAAUUCUAUGAACUACCAAGUCAUCGAAUUUGUGUACAGAAUGUGUGCAACAGAAAUACAGAGAGAUGUGAAUAUUUAUUGCUUCUAAAACUAUUAUAAAGUGUCCUUGCAGUGCUUAAA